UUCUCUCUGUGAGGUUCUGUAGAACCAAGCAGCUUCUGGAUCAGGUGGUUCUGCUGGUUUUGGGCUCGGUUCUGUUGGUUGAUUGGUGCGCGCGUGCAUGCUAUCAUCGUGAUCUUCACGUGAUCCUGAAAAACAGAAGUGGUCAAAGUGAGGAUGAGGAGGAACCUGCAGCCGGCGUGUCAGGCCGCGUACGACGGCGACCUUCAUCAGCUCUACAAUCUCCUGAAAACCGACCCGACCAAACUGAACGUUCAGGAACCGGGGUCCGGAGAAACGCCGCUCACCGCCGCCUGCCGCGGCCGAAAGCUGAGGGUGGUCCGAUACCUGCUGGACCAAAACGCCGACGUUCACCUGACCAACAAGAAACGGAGAACGUGUCUCCACUACACGUCCAGGUUAACCUUCACGGCGCUGGACUACCUGAUGAUCGCCAUCCUGAUGCCCAUCCUGCUGCUGGGAUACCUCAUCAUGCUAGAGAAGAAGAAGCAGAGCGCGGAGCUGAUGAAGGCCGUGCUGAGCAGCGGCGUGAACGUCAACGCCAUUGACUACAAGGGAAACACGGCUCUGCACUACGCCUGUCAGAGGAAGAGCCAGCACCUGGUUCCUCUGCUGCUGCAGCGGAACGCCAGGACCGACAUCAAGAACAUGGACGGAGAAACUCCGCUGGACAUCGCACUGCGGCUGAAGUUCACCAAGAUCUCCAACCUGCUGAGGAAGGCGGCGUGAGGGAGACGGCGUGAGGAAGGCGGCGGGAGGAAGGGGCGUGAGGGAGACGGCGUGAGGAAGGCGGCGUGACGGAGACGGCGUGAGGAAGGCGGCGUGAGGAAGGCGGCGUGACGGAGACGGCGAGGAAGAUGAUGACGAGUCCAGCUGUGUGAGGGCGGGAACAUCUGCAGGAACCACCGUCAGGACCUUCAGUCACAGCCUGGAGUCACAAACCAGACCGGGUUCUGCCGGUACCGGCUCGGCUCGUCUGAUUGGUUCAAGUUUAUUUUAAUUAACGGGCGCUUCAACCAAUCAGAUGAUCUUCUUAAGUUUCUGAACUUCCAGACGGUUCUGCUCAGAUGUGGCUCGGUACAUUUAUCGUAUUUACCAAAAGCUGCCCGCUCCACCACAGCAAGAACCGAGCUCAUAGAGCUCCGGUACCGGUCCAAACCCCUGCGGGUCACAUGACUGCAUCUUGCCGUCGCUAAACUGGACUUUCAAAUUAAAACCAGAUUCUGUUACAAGAUUUGAUCUGAUGUUUAUUUGUAGUUUUUUGUCUUCUAGAUUCAGGAUCAACUUCUGCUUUGACUCAUCACUUUAGAACCGGGCCCUUAAACUCCAGAACUUUACGCUAAACAGAAUUUCUGAAUUGAAAUAAAUGUAUUUUUGGUUUCUUCA